AUGGCGACCACGGCCACGACCACGUCCACGACCGCGUCCGCGACCACGUCCACGGCCAUGCCCGUGCCCGCGCCCUCCACCAUGCUCAACAGCAAAGGCACCCUGUUUAGGUUCGGCGCGGGCACCAGCAGGCAUCAAGUCAAGGACGUAAAUUUGGGCAUAGAUCAACAGGAGUAUGAGAUGGCAAUGCAGCAAUUCCAGGACACUUGUUCCAGGAUUGCUGAUGCAAGAUUGCGACGCAAUGGCGAGUCGCCGCAGCAACCCAUGCCCGUGCCACGUACGCCGGUCUCGCACGCGGAGGCAUGUCGUGCCAAUCGGCAGCUGCACAUUCAAAAGACAACCAUCGCUCAGGUUGUCUCGGGUGUGGAUGGCACGACGGGGACAGCAGUGUCAGCAACACCAGUGGUCUCAGCACCGUCAGCGACAGCCUCCUCGGUUCCAGCUGCCGAGAGCGCUGAAACGGCUUUUGGCCCGUCGAGCACCUCCGCAUCAGGUGGCUUGACAUCAGGCGCCGGGGUCGGCGCAUCACCUGGAGCUGAACUUGCAGCUGCGCAGCACUUGGCCCAGCUUAUUGCCCCGCAGGCUGACCAGUACAAUGCACACCUCCUGGCACAAUACAUGACCUGGGCUGCUCAACUCCAGUACACUGCGCAACUGGCGCAGUCGGCACAGCAGGCUCAGCAGGCUAUAAGCAAUGCAGGCAGAAGCCGUAGCUUCACACGUGUACGUCGAAUUCCACCGCAUGCUCAUGACAUGAGAACUUCUCGCCAUGUGGACUCACUCGCUGUCGGUUGCUGUGUGCUCCAUUCCAGAGUGCCAAACGAACCCCUCACAUUUGCUCGGUUUGCCGUGGCCCUGCCAUCAACCACAAGCGCAAUUGGUGUCCUGUUAAGCAAAAACCUCGAGGGAAACUGGCAGCCGCGUCUGCUGUGUCUGCCUCUGCUGCCUCUGCUGCCUCUGCUGCCUCUGUUGCCUCUGCCGCAUCUGCCGCAUCUGCCGCCAUUUCUCAACUUCAUCAAAGCAAUUCCAAUUUGUAACGAUCGAGGCAGAAAUCUGCACGAACUAUGA